AUGGCUGAUGAACGCACUCCUGUACGGAAUCAGCUUAAGACCUCGUGGCAGUCUACUAAAGGACGAACAAGACGAUAUUAUACACGGAAAGCACGGCAAGCAGUUCAAGCCGUUCUUGAGGAGAUAGCACCAAGAGACGUGGAAAGCCUUUGGGAUGCUAUGAGCAGUUCAAGGAACGUAGCUMAAGAAAUCCCAUUAAAUCAAGAAGACGAUGUAGAUUCUGUUUUAGUAGAUGCCUUGACUGAAUGCUAUAAGAACGCUAAACACUGGGGUACGCGUCGUCAAAUACUUUCGAUCAUAGCUGACAAAGUCACCUUUAAGACACUUAAGCGGUGGAUUCCAGACCUGACGCGCUAUAGAUUUAACAUUGCUAGACAUCAUCGACUUCUUCAUGGGCGUGGUGCUGCAUUACCUGACACUGCUUGUACUAGAAUGUAUGUAUCUAAGGGACAGCUAAGCCACUUCAUUGACUUUAUCACAAGUGCACAUAUUGUACAGGACCUCCCAUUCGGUGAAAGGAAGUUAAAGCUAUCGUCCAGUGAAGAAAUAGUUGUUCCCAAUGUCAUCAGGACUGUCAUCCCGGCACAAAUUAUUCAGCAGUACGAAUUGUUUUGUAGCGAAGAAGGCUUCAAGCCCAUGCGACGUAGUACCCUCUACAGAAUAUUGGAUGUAUGUUCUGCUUCAAUAAGGAAAUCUCUCCAAGGUUUAGAUUAUUUUGGAGCGCAGGGUGCCAGAGCGUUUGAAGACCUAGAGCAAGUUGUCGAUUGCCUUGGAGAUAGCAACGGACUGGGUUUGUCUUGGGAAAAGGCAAAGAAAGAGCAACUAAAGGAAGCCAAGAGAUACCUGAAGGGUGAUUACAAGGUUCACGUGUCCAAAMGUUCCACGGUUCCAGACCACUGUCGUGUGUACGCUUUAAGUGAUCCCAAUGAUAAGCAUUACAAAGGCACGUGUGACCAUACCCACAACGCAAGUUGCGAUCGUUGUUCUCUUCUGGAGUCGGUCAUUACAGAGAUUGAAGAGAAUUUGAAAGUUGUCGAUUGCUUGGAAGAUGAAAGGCAAGAAAUGUCCUUCCUGUUCUCACAGGCAAAGCAGRAUAUACAUGCCUGGAAAUCUCAUCUUCUUCGYUCUAUCAAUCAGGAUGAAUGUAGACUGGACAUACUCAGAGACCUGGAUCAUUCUUCAGUGUUAUUAGUCUCUGACUGGGCGAUGAAAUAUAUUCCUCGUAAAUUUCGCGAAAGUCAGUCGGAUUGGUUCGCCAAACGAGGUAUUUCGUGGCACCUAGCCGUAGCUAUUAGAAAUAAGGAUGGAGUGAUGGACAUGAUGACAUUUGCGCAUGUAUUCCAGAAGUCUAUUUCCCAAGAUAGAGUAGAUUCCGCAGUACUGUCCGUUCUGAACGAUGYAUUCAGACAGCUCAAAGAAAUAAUGCCAGAACUAAAAAAAGGUAAUCUGAGGCAGGACAAUGCUGCCUGCUACCACAGUGCACAGACCCUUAUUACCGUCAUUCAAGUCGCUAAAUACAAUGAUGUAGAAAUAUCACGAAUUGACUUUUCGGAUCCACAGGGUGGAAAGGGCUCGUGUGACCGUAAGGCGGCCACGAUUAAGUCACACAUGGCGCGGUAUUUAAAUGCUGGACACGACCUUGAAACAGCUUUUCAAAUGAAAGAGGCCAUGGACUCGUCUGGCGGCGUGCAGGGGCUCCGUAGUUAUUUUUCCCGCAUGGCUGCGAAGCGUAGUACUGUGCCGGAUGAAUUAGAAAGUGACGAUGAAGAGGAUGCCGACUUGGAAAAUGAGUUACACCAUGAACUCCAAAACCAGGUUCUGGCCGACAUCAGUAUUCAACACUCACACCCAAUUAUGCAUGAUUCCAGUAAUAUUUGUGAAAUUGUAAUGAGCUCCAAGAUCAACUAG